AUGAGUUAUCCAACUGGUAUAACAACCUAUGAGGAUUCCGUGAAAGUGAUCAUGAAAGGAAAUGAGAUUCUACUAGUGAGGAUCUUGACCAUCUUCAUAACCUUAGACUUAUCUCUCAACUCUUUUGAAGGAAACAUCUCGGAUGUUAUUGGACAUCUUCAAUCUCUCGUAGGGCUCAACCUUUCCCACAAUCACCUCAUGGGUUCCAUUCCUCCGACCCUUGGAGACUUGACUAAUCUUGAAUGGCUAGAUUUAUCUACAAACAAACUUAGUGGGAUGAUUCCUAGAGAACUUGGUGAUUUGACAUUUCUCGAGUAUUUGAACCUCUCAGAAAACCAACUCAUGGGUUGCAUACCUCAAAACAAGCAAUUGAGCACAUUCACGAGCGACUCAUUUCGUGGAAAUAUCGGCCUACAUGGAACCCCAUUACAAAGCACAAGCCAUAAUGAUACUCAACCUUCUCCACCACUUCUAGCAUUCUUCCAAGAGGACAAUACAAAAGAGUAUGGAAAUUGGUUUGAUAGGAAAGUAGUGGGAAUAGGCUAUGCUUCCAGAAUCGUGAUUGGAAUCUCCAUAGCUUACAUUUCAUUGGAAAUUGGAAGACCCAAAUGGCUUGCGAGAAAGGUGAGAAGGAUGAAGAGAAGAGCAGCCAAAUGGAUGAAGAAGCCAAAGCAAAAUGCGAUUAUAUUUCAUGGAGGCUCAUGA